GCGUUUGCAGACGUCGUGCUAUUCUGUCUUUGCUGCGCUUUUCAAAAAAAGAUCUUGCAAAAAUAAAGAAAGGGAAAGGUUAUUAUAGAGGACGUGUAUUCAUUUCUGAAUAUUGGUUCAAGUUGUGUGCGGAUAUACAAGGAUUAGUUGUGUUCAUCUUUAAAAUUAAUUAUUCUAGAUUUGCCUGGACACUGGUUUGACUGCGACAUAGGGCUUUUCUGAAUAUUUGGUCUCAUCUCCUGGAGAGUAACACAAAGGUGAGAAAUGCCAGUUUCUCGUAAUACCAGAGGACUUCCAACCAAGCAGAGUAAACCAAUUAAUAAGGUUCCUGGGGUAGAGAACCAUAGGCCUGAAACGCAGGAGGAUGCAACUCAAUCCAAGAGAUCUCCAUCUUCACCCCAGGGAGGACCCAAAAAAAGAUCAGCAUUUGGAGAUUUAACAAAUGCGAACAAGAAUCAGGUUGCUGUACCAAAGAAGAAGGAAGGGCAAGAAGGGACCAAGCAGGGGGUGAAGAAAACACAGAAAAAUGUGGUCUUGCAAGGUGUCAGUAAAUGCAAUGAGAUCAACUUGAAAAAGUCAUCUUCUAAAACUUCUCCAGAAGAGAUAAAGGAAGAAGAGCAUACCACCAAUGAAAAACGGAUCAGCCCUGUGAAACAGCAAACCAAAGGUUGUAAAGGAGAAAAGCUGUCAAAGGAAAAGACCGUGGUGGUAGAUGAUGUGGACAAAGAAAACCUGGAUGAUCCUUUCAUGAAUGCAGUCUAUGCGAAGGACAUAUUCGAUUACAUGAAAGAAAGAGAGGUGAAAUUCAAGUUGCCAGAUUAUAUGGAAAAACAGGAGGACAUCACUCAGGAUAUGAGGGGAAUCCUUAUUGACUGGAUGGUGGAAGUGCAGGAAAAUUUUGAACUGAACCAUGAGACAUUAUAUUUGGCAGUUAAGCUGGUUGACCACUAUCUUGCAGAGUGCAUCUGUAAGAGGGAAACGUUACAGCUGAUUGGCUCCACAGCUAUCCUUAUUGCUUCUAAAUUUGAGGAGCGUUGCCCACCUUGUGUGGAUGACUUCCUUUAUAUCUGUGAUGAUGCUUACAAGAGAGAUGAACUCCUUACAAUGGAGAUAAAUAUCCUAAGGACACUGAUGUUUGAUAUUAAUAUCCCUGUGCCAUAUCGUUUCUUAAGGAGAUAUGCCAAGUGUGCUCAUGCAAAUAUGGAAACCUUGACAUUGGCUCGCUACAUUUGUGAACUGACAUUACAGAAUUAUGAUUUUGUCCAGGAGAGGUCAUCCCAUUUGGCAGCUGCUUGUUUGUAUUUGGCAAUGAAAAUGAAAAGUCUUGGAGGAUGGAGUCCCACCCUUGAAUAUUAUUCUGGUUACAAAGGAAUGGACCUUCAUUCGCUGGUCAAACGGCUCAACUUUAUGAUAACUUAUCAAGCGGAUGAAAAGUUGAAGGCAGUUAGAAGCAAAUACUCUCAUAAAGUCUUUUUUUCAGUGGCAAAGAUUAAACCUUUGGACAUGCUUAGAUUGGAAGAAAUGCUGAAGAGUUAACGGGAAAGUUGACAUUGAUACGCUGGGACACCAGCUUUGUACAUUUGCCCUUUAAGAAUAUUGGUCUGUCUUGUAUAUAAUGUCAUUUUAAUUAUUUGAAGCCUUUGUCUUAAAUUCUGCCAAGCAGAUAAUAUGGAAAAAAAUGAUGUAUAUAAUUGCAUUUGUAUUUUAUAAAACUGAGAUGUAGCCAGACUCACAUUAGUGAGGUGGUGGUAAGUUCCUGCAAAUCCAAAUGAAGUUGUUGAAAAAAAGAAAAAAAAAACUUAAUGGGUAUCACCUUUUAUAUUCACUACAGAAUUGUACAUUGCUUUUUACAACUAGCAGUGCUUGUAUUUUUUGUAUAUAAAGUCUGUAGCUAUGUAAUUAUUUUCUAUCGUGAGAUGGUUCAGGAGUAGAGUGAACCAGACAUUGAUGGUCUUGUGGUGUCACCAGGGCAUUAGUGUACCCUCUCUUGAUGGAAAAGUUAUUUACUUAGUGGUGUUUUCUGUAUGUAUAUAAAAUAUGUAUAAAUUUUAAGUUGAUACAUUUUUCCGUGUUAAAUUGAAGGAAACUUAUUUUGCUUUAAAAAAAUACUUUUGUAUAUCAGUGGAUUUACUUACGUUGGUGCCCCAUUUUCUUGAAGAGUUGCAUUUUGACACCUUAAGCAUGCAUUUAUCAACAGACACAUUAUUCACACGGCUCUGCAACUGAAUUCUUUUUCAUAUAGAUGGUCCAGUAAAUAAGCUUAAUUAAAAAAAAAAUUGGAACUUUAUAGGUCUAUAUUUGUAAUGUGUAAGAACUUGCCAUUUUUACAUUUUUGGUUGAGUAGUCUUUGGAGACUUUUAUUAGGAGAUGGGAGGAAUUUCAUGCCAACAUUUGUUGAACCUGUAUGUAAUUCUUAAUUUGGGUAGUGUUAACGGGUUGGUUUUUAAAUUUACAUAAUUUUUGAUAUGUACAUGGGUGACCUGUUAAACUGCCAGAAGUUUUUCACUUUUAAAUAGUCCUUGCAAAAUGGUAACAAUGGAUUGCUUGUUUAAAAAAAGAAAAAAAAAAAAAAAAAGUGACUUGCCACAGUUUGUGGUAGUGGGUCCAUUAAUCAAAAGUUACCCAUUGUAUCACAUCUGAAAUUAGAUGUGUAAACAUAUCAAUAAAAAAAAUCAUCCUGA